AUGUCGUCCGACAUGACCACGCUCAAGGGUGAGCCCUUUGAUCGGGCUGCACUCGAGUCCUUGGUCAAGCGCCGUCACUUCUUCCUGCCCGCCUUUGGCAUAUACGGUGGUGUCGCCGGUCUCUACGAUUAUGGCCCUGCCGGUACUGCGCUCACAGACAACAUUGUCGAUGUAUGGAAGCGACACUUUGUGCUUGAGGAGGACAUGCUGCAGGUCGACUGCACCAUGCUCACUCCCCACGAAGUGCUCAAGACCUCCGGCCACGUCGACAAAUUCGCCGACUGGAUGUGCAAGGACCCAAAGACAGGCGAAAUCUUCCGUGCAGACCAUCUCGUUGAAGAGGUGUUGGAGGCAAGACUAAAGGGUGACAAGGAGGCUCGUGGGCAGAAGCUCGAGCCCGAGGUGGAUGACCCUAAGAAGAAGAAGAAGAAGAAGGUCAAGAAUAUUGCCGCUGUCAAGCUGGACGAUGCCGUGGUGCAGGAGAUUGAGGAGGUGCUUGCACAGAUUGACAACUACAACGGCGAAGAGCUCGGCCAGCUCAUCAAGAAGUACGACAUCAGGAACCCCGCCAACAACGGCGAACUACAGCCCCCGGUUGCCUUCAAUCUCAUGUUCCAAACCUCAAUCGGACCCUCCUCCAACAUGCCCGCAUACCUACGCCCAGAGACCGCCCAGGGCCAAUUUGUAAACUUCCAAAACCUCCUCGAGGACAAUCAGCAACAAAUGCCCUUCGCAUCAGCUUCGAUUGGCAAGUCCUUCCGUAACGAAAUCUCUCCCCGAUCUGGUCUGCUACGUGUACGCGAGUUUCUCAUGGCUGAGAUUGAGCACUUCGUCGAUCCCGAAGGUGGCAAGAAACACCCUCGCUUUGGAGAGGUCAAGGACGUAGAACUUGAGCUGCUGAACCGGGAGACUCAGCUGGCUGGAAAGACUACAGUAGAGACUACCAAGAUUGGCAAGGCCGUCGAGACUGGUCUCGUGGACAAUGAGACGCUUGGUUACUUCCUGGCUCGCAUUCAACUAUUCCUUCUGAAGAUUGGCAUCGACCCAAAGAAGAUUCGAUUCAGGCAGCACAUGGCCAAUGAGAUGGCGCAUUACGCAGCAGACUGCUGGGAUGCUGAGUUGCUCACGUCGUAUGGCUGGAUAGAGUGUGUGGGUUGCGCCGAUCGUAGCGCCUACGAUCUGACGGUUCACAUGAAGAAGACGGGUGCUCCUCUCUUUGUUCGCGAGCCAAGAAAAGAGCCCCUCAAGAUUGAAGAGUGGCAAUAUGACCUUGACAAGAAGAGCUUUGGACAAAAGUUCAAGAAGGAUGGAAAGGCGGUGGAAGCUGCCAUUGAUGCUCUGACCCAGGAUUUGCGGGAGAAGCUGUCGUUAGAUCUCGAGAAGGAGGGCAAGGUCGUCCUUGAUGUACCUGGUGUUGGUGACGGUAAGGUGGAGGUACCCAAAGAGCUCAUCAAACUUGAGAAGCGCACAAGAGUCGAGAAUGUCCGGGAAUACACGCCAAACGUUAUUGAACCAUCUUUUGGUAUUGGACGCAUAUUCUAUGCUCUCUGUGAACACGUAUACUGGACUCGCGAGCAGGACAAGGCUCGUGGCGUUCUUUCCUUCCCACCAGCGGUGGCGCCCACCAAGGUCCUCAUCGUACCACUCAGCUCUCACCCAGACUUUUCACCCUUUGUACAGACUCUACGUAGCAAACUAAGGAGCAUUGGCAUUUCUAGUCGUAUCGAUGCAUCCGGUGCUUCUAUUGGCAAGCGAUACUCGCGUAAUGACGAGCUUGGCACACCCUUGGGCAUCACCGUGGAUUUCCAGUCUGUCAAGGAUAACACAUUCACGCUACGAGACCGUGAUUCCACAGAGCAGGUCCGAGCCAGCAUAGAUGAAAUCAUUGCAGCGAUCUCGAACAUUGUCAAUGGUUCAGAAAAGUGGUCAGAUGUUGCUGCGCGUCUUCCGAAGUUUGAAGGCCAGGAGGUAGAUUAG